CAGACUGAAUAAAGUGCGCGCACUAGUUUAUGCCCGCGUAUCAAGCGCGCUCCAUAUAGGCUAUCUCUGGCGGAUGAACUUAUGUUGUGCGUGCCGCGGCUCUUGUCACUCAUUCGCUGCUGCUCGGAGCGCAUUCUGUGUCAACGGCUGAGGACCGAUUCAUGAUAUCACAUCAACCUGAAACAGGGACAAAGCGUCGUAGUCAUUUAGAUAAUAACUGAACCAACUCUCUCUACCUAUUCUACACGGAGCGUACCUUGGGAAGCGAUUGCAAUGCUUCAGAUAAGGGAUCUCAUUUGGACAUUGCUUUUCUUUGGUUAUGCAGCUGCCUUGCAAGUGGAAAUCACUCCGGCCCAGGGAGAGGUCAGCGUGGGAGAGUCCAAAUUCUUUUUGUGUGAAGUUACUGGAGAUGCUAAGGAAAUAGACUGGUUUGCACCCAGUGGGGAGAAGCUCCAGCCAGGCAGACCAGACAUCAGCAUCAGCAAGAAUGAUGAGUCCUCGUCGACGCUCACAAUCUACAAUGCCAACGUCGACCAUGCAGGCAUGUACAAGUGUGUGGCGAAAAACGGCGACGAGGAAUCUGAGGGCACUGUCAUCGUAAAAAUAUUCCAGAAACUCACUUUCCAAAAUGCUCCAACGCCUCAAGAGUUCAACGAGGGCGAUGAGGCUGACAUCGUCUGUGAUGUCAUCAGCUCGCCGCCCCCAACAAUCAUCUGGAAGUUUAAAAAGACCAGAAUCCAGCCUGAGACUGAUGUCCGUUUCAAGGUCUUAAGCAACAACCACCUCCAGAUCCGCGGCAUCAAAAAGACAGAUGAGGGUGACUACACCUGCGAGGGCCGCAUCAUGGCCCGGGGAGAAAUCGACCUCAGGGUCAUCAAGGUCAUUGUCAACGUUCUGCCAAGUAUCAGGACCCGCUACACUGAGCUCAAUGCCACUGCAGACAUCAACCAGUCCGUGACGUUGGCCUGUUAUGCAGAUGGCUACCCAGAACCCACCGUCACGUGGGCACGAGGUAAUAUCGUGCUGGAAUCAGAUGGAAAGUACAGUCUGAAUGAAGAUGGGUCGGAGUUGACCAUCAAGGACGUCACUAAGCUUGAUGAAGGAGAUUACCAGUGCAUCGCUAGAAAUAAGGCCGGAGAGAGGAGCAAGGAAGUCUCACUCAAUGUGUUUGUACAACCCAAGAUCACAUUUCUAGAAAACCAGACAGCGUCAGAAUUGGAGGAGCAGAUCACACUAACUUGCGAGGCCACAGGUGACCCCACGCCCAACAUCAUCUGGAGCUUCGGUCGCCGAGUCUUCACCGAGAAUGAGCAGGCUUCAUGGACUCGACCUGAGAAACACAAGAGUCUGGAUGGUAACGUGAUCGUUCGCAGUGAUGCCCGUGUGUCCUCUCUGACUCUGAAAUACGUGCAGUUCACCGAUGCCGGCCAGUACCUCUGCACUGCACGCAACUCCAUUGGUCAGGACAUCCAGAGCAUGUACCUGGAAGUGCGCUAUGCUCCAAAGAUCCAAGGCCCUGCGGCAGUGUUCACCUGGGAGGGUAAUCCGGCUAACAUCACCUGCGAGGCCCUCGCUCACCCAGGCGCCUCCGUUUCGUGGUUCCGUGACGGCCAGCUGUUGCCUAGUGCUAAUACCACCAACGUCAAGAUCUACAACACUCCUGCUGCCAGCUUUCUAGAGGUCACUCCGGAGUCCCAGAACGACUUUGGCAGUUACAACUGUACGGCUACCAAUGUCAUUGGCACAGAGUCCAAGGAAUUCAUUUUGGUUCAAGCAGAUGUGCCUUCGGCCCCCUCUAUCGAGCGUGUGCUGCCUUAUUCCAGCACAGCAAUGGUGGAGUUUGAUGAGCCUGCCUCCAGUGGAGGAGUGCCUAUCCUCAAGUACAAGGCUGAAUGGAGGAUAGCAGGCCAAGACUGGACUGACAGAGAGUAUGAAGUUGGGGAUGGUCUCAGCUCGAUCACCAUUGGUGGGCUGAAGCCAGAGACCACGUAUGAGGUCAAGAUGUCUGCCAUCAACGGCAAGGGUGCAGGAGAAAGCAGCCCUCCUGAGAGCUUUAAAACCCAACCUGUCCGGCCCCCUUUCAAAAUGUCUUCAGAGACUCCAACUUCCAUUCCUCCAACCACUGCCGACCUUAAAGGGGAACCUACUCCUCCUAAACUGGAGGUUAAGCCACUGUCCACAGGCAACGAGAUGAAGGUCCAAUGGAUCAAGCAGGACGAUGGGGGCUCUCCCAUCAAACACUAUCUAGUGCGCUACAGAGCUGUGAAUAUGAUUGGACAUGAGAAGAAUCGCCAGGACUGGAAGCCGGAGAUCCGUGUGCCCAACGGCAGUGAGUACGUUAUUCUGCGAGGUCUGGACUGGAACACGGAGUACGAGGUCUACGUCAUUGCCGAAAACCAGAGAGGACGAUCUGACCCCGGCAAACUCUCCUUCAGGACCUUGCCAGAACCCACCGCCAUCCCAGAAGAAAGUAAGUCGCACACAGGUUUGAAACAACACGAAGAAACCAGCUCAGGGUUGAGCACUGGAGCUAUCGUGGGCAUCCUUAUGGUGGUCUUCAUCCUGCUCCUCUUCGGCGUGGACGUCACAUGCUACUUCCUCAACAAGUGUGGGCUUCUCAUGUGCAUCGCCGUCAACUUCUGUGGCAAGUCUGGGCCCUCGGCCAAAGGGAAGGAUAUCGAGGAGGGAAAAGCCGCUUUCACUAAGGAUGACUCUAAGGAGCCCAUUGUGGAGGUAAGGACUGAGGAGGAACACACACCAAACCAUGAAGGAGGAGGACCCACCGAACCUAAUGAGACCACCCCUCUGACCGACCCUGAGCACGCUGCUGACACCACAGCAACAGUAGUGGACUUGCUUCCCUCUGUAACCACUAACUCAGACCCCGGCACUGACAGUCCUGCUAGCGAUAGCACCACCCUUACCUCAAGCACCGCCCCUGUGGCCGACCCUAAAAUGGCCCCAAAAGUCACCCCCCAAUCCAGCACCCCCAAACCUAGCGUCACCUCUCCCACCUCCCCACAAGCUGCUCCUGCAGCCGUGGCCCCUCUGGUUGACCUGAGCAAUACGCCCUCAAACCAGACCUCAAAGUCCUUAGAUGCCCCCCAACCGUCUGAUUCAAUCCCUGCAAAUCUAGCCAAAGCCGAUUGCCAGAGCCCGGCCAGUGUGCCCCAAAGUAAGGACUCUCAGGUACAGGGAGGAGCUCACCAGACCACAGAUAGUGACCUUGCCAAGGAUGCGCUGGCCAAGCCCUCCAGCGACUCCUCCAGCGCACCGUCCGCACCCAACCAGGACGAUGGAAAAAUCGGUGUGGAAGACAAAAGUAAAGCCCCGGAGACGGAGGUAAACAAAACCCCGGCGGAGGUGAAGACAGUCCCUAAUGAAGCCCCCCAGGCGAACGGCAACGAGAGCAAAGCAUGAUCCGGAACCGACGAGCGCUCGACAGUCGCAGACCACCACCAUCCCAUCUGAAACACAAGGCUUUCUUUCUUCAGUGUCUUUGAGUUCGCCGAGCAAAACACAUCUGUAGAUGUAUAGAGCACCUAAUGAGCUCGCGCACAUGCCUUUUAUUUUUUUAUAAAUGUUUCAUUUCUUUCACCAACGCACGAAGGAAAGAUUCUUUACCUCUAGCGCAGUCUCCUUGACCUCUGUAAGAUCAGUGUCUUUCAAACACACUCAACGUUUUUUCGAGGAAGUUCAGUAUGAGAAAUACAGUAGAUUUUGCCUUUACACAUUCCGCCGUUUCAAUUAUGUCCCGUUUUAUUACAUGCAGUAUUGCCAUUAUAUUAUUGUCUACCACAUAUGAAUUUCUGGGGAACAUUUUUGAUGUUUUGUGUUUAAAUAAUGUACAAAAGCCACUGCUUUUUUAUUUUAGUUUUCACAUUAUUUUUUGAGAGUUAGCGAUAGAGUUUUAGCAUGCUUGCUUUGCAGAAUUAUUUUUCUAUGUCUAAUUAUUAUUUUUAUUCUUAUUUUAUCCCAACCCUGAAGUGUUUACAGCAUUUUACAAGGAUAUCCCUCAUUGACAUGCCAUUUGCUUCAAACCCGACACAAACGAUCACGCAGGGUAGAGGUCGGAACUAGCGGUUAGAGUUCUACUAUACAAAACACCACUACUACUUUUUCCCCGUUUUAUAUUUUCUUUUAUAUUACAACACAUCCGCUACCUUAAGAGUUUCUUCUUUACUUGAGUUCUUUAACAGAGGAUUGAGAGUCAGUCUUCUGAUCCUCACUUAAAAACCUCCCACAAAUCCUCGAAUACAGAGAAUACAGUUCAAGCGUCGCUGUUGUGGCCUAACGAAAACAUCAGGUGCACAUGUGUGCGAAACGCUCGUGGGACGUCCCACAUGAUGUCUGCCUGUUGUUCCUUUGCCCAUAUAAUUGAUAGAUGUUGCAUUAGAAUGAAGCCCUGCAUCUUUGCUACUGAUGAAAAUGCAAAUGUUUGUCGGUUUUUCAUGUCUUCGAUGGCCAAAUUAUUGUUUGACUUUUUAUUUAAGCCAUAGUACACCGGUGUGGAUCGUAGCAUAAACAAUAUUCAGCCUUCCUUUUUUUUUUUUUUCUGUACAGUGUUUCUCAAUCUUUAGGCUGCAAGCUUGUGCACUGUGAAUGCGUGAAAAUCCUAGUGUGUGAAUACAGUGUGUUCUUUGUACUAGAAUCGAAAAAAAAAAAAAGAGUUUCCAUAGGUUGUGAAAGCCGUAGCUGUUAGUUUAAACGAUGUUCAUCAUGAUAAGAAUCAAAAAAAAGAUGUUAAAAAAAACAACAAAACAAUGAUGGCAGCAGAAGUGGAAUACGGACACAAAAGGAGUUGGUGCCUUCAGUAAAACCAUCCCCUCGUAUGCAGGCCCCAUGCUCUGUGACAACAUGCCCCAGAUCUGUAAACUGUGAAAAUAUUAGUUUUCUUUCUUGAUCAAAUGUGUCGUCACUUGGUCUUUUGGGUCUGAGGGUGUAAAUGGAUCGUGGUUUUCUUAAAAUCUCAACAACAUGCCUCUAUUUAACUGAUGCAAAAUAAUACCUAUAUAUAUAUAUAUAUAUAUACAUAUAUAAAUAUAUUCACACAGAAAACUGCCUCGAUGCAUUUCGUCUCAUAGGUGCCUGAGGGUUGCCUGCUCACCCGCCAUUUAGUUACAAAAUCUCUUGUUCAUCCCGUUUGGUCAAAUGCCUUGUCAGUGACAUCUAUUUUUUAAACCUGAAAUAAGCAUGCGAUGUAUUCUAAACUAGAUGUCAUUGGUGUUACGGUUACGAAUUGAAUUGUCAAAGGCUUGUACAUUUAUCUGAAUGUCGGUGAACUUUUGUCAUUCGUACGUUCGCUGUUCUCACUUUUGCUUUUACAAGACGAGCAGGAAGUGGAGAUAACUUUCAUUAUUGAGUCUUUAAACAUUAUGCUACUUGAAUGUACGUUUUGAGUUCUUUUAAGCGUUCGGUAUGUAGUAAUAUUAAUAAUGAAAGUUGUUUUAAAGUGUUUCCAGCAGGAUUCUGGUCUAAUAAGCAUCUGAGAGGCUUGUAGAAUCUGUACCGGGAGGCACACGAGCUCUGAAAAACAAGCUUUUGAUUCAUACUGCCAUUUAAUGUGGGACCAAUUUGUUUGUACACAGAUAGCCACGCGACCGUGCCAUCUUGCCACUUUUUAAAGACAAAAGUCUGUUCAAACGAUUGUUUCCAAAGCAUGUAAGGCUUGUCAUCUGUGCAGAUUAAAGGGAUAGUUCACCCAAAAAUGAAAAUUCUGUCAUUAAUCACUCUCCUUCAUGUCGUUCCAAACCCGUAACACCUUCAUUCAUCAUAAGAACACAAACCGAGAUAUUUUUGAUGAAAUCUGAGAGCUCUCUGACCCUCCAUAGACAGCGAGGUAAAUACCAUGGUCAAGGCACAGAAAAAAAAUAGUUACCUUGCUGUCUAUGGGAGGGUCAGAAAGGCCUCAGAUUUCAUCAAAAAUAUCUUAUAUUGUGUUGUGAAGAUGAAAGAAGGUCUUACGGGUUUGGAACACCAUGAGGGAGAGUGAUUAAUGACAGAAUUUAAAUUUUGCGGGGAACUGUCCCUUUAAGCCUGUGUGGGGUUUAAUGGUUUCUCUCAUCAUUUCAUUUUCAUCUCAGACCUUUAUAAGACAUCUGUCACUUCAUACCAUAGUGGGAGGCCCUUCUCACAGUUGCAUACAGAUUUUAACAGAUCAAAUGUCACUUCCACCCCCCUGCCACUGCUGUAAAUACUAACCGACAACAAAAUCUGACUUCAUUCUGUCAAAAAAAAUUCUUGUGUUCAAUAAAAUGAGAAAAAUA